AUGUCAGUAAAACAAAUCACCAAGUUAGUUAAUACUUACCCACAACAGAUGUCGCUGAACUGUCUCUUGUAUUGUACGAAUCUCGCUGGCGACGCCGGAGGGCCGCGCGCGCGCGCUGGAGGCGGCGGAGGCGCUUCGCGGGGUGUUGAGGGGGUGCGAGGGUGGGGAGGUGUGGGGGGCGGCGAGGCCGGCGGCUGCGGCGCGGCGGCGCUGCGGCUGGGCGCGGUGCGCGAACGGCUGCGGCGACUGGCGCGCGCGCGGGACUCGCUGGCGGCGGCGCUGGCGCGCCACCUCAACAACGCGCUCAUCCACCUGGGCAACGCGGCGCACGAGCCCGACCCGCGCGACACGCGCCGCCACCACGCGCACCUGCUGCCCUAUGCGCCCUUCAUGCGCUGGCUCAAGGACAUGGACGAUAAGGCGUACGACGGACUCGUUAAGGUGUACGUGGGCACGUGGGCGCGCGUGCACGAGCGUACCGUGCGCGCGGCAUGCGAGAACGCGCGCGCCGCGCUGGCCGCCGCGCCGCCCGACCGCGCCGACCUGCUGCUUGAUGAGGUAUUGAAUUUGGUAGAGGAACUUUGCAACGCCGAGCAAGAUUUUUGCACGCAGUUCUUUCACCUCGAUGUUGAUGUUAAGGGUGAGAGUAGCGACGGUGACGGUGAGAAGAGUGAGAGCGGCGAGCGUGGUGAAGUGCCGCGUAAAUGUGGUGCGGAGACGAGGCGCUUCAUGAGCGAACUAUUUCCCACGCUCGACAGUGAGCUGGUGGCGCUGGUAGCGCACCUCGAGCGCAGCGACCCCUACGGCGCGAUGCGCGCGCUGGCGUGCGCGGGGCGGCGCGUGCUGGGUGAGGGUGGGGCGGGCGGGGCGGGCGAGGGCGGUGGGGCGGGCGGGGAGGAGGCGCGCUGGUGGCGCGGCGCGCUGGCCGGCGUGGCGGUGGCGGCCAAGCGCGGCGCCGACCGCGCCGUGGCCGAGCGCCUCGCCGCACUGCCCGACGCCGUCAAACAGGCAAGUACCACUAUAUCGUACUCGUAUAUCUGCAUUGUAUUCGUAAACCAACACACACUUCUAUAG